AUGAAGUUGCUGUCUUGGAAUAUUAGGGGGUUUGGAAGGCCGGAAAAGAGAAGAAGAAUCAGGUCUCUACUUAAAGAGAGAAAAAUUGAUUUUGCCUUUUUUCAAGAGACUAAGAAAGAAGGUAUGUCAGACGAUUUGGUUCGAUCGAUUUGGCAUGUUGAUGAAUUGGAAUAUAUGGUUGUUAAUGCGGAUGGUUCGGCUGGUGGGCUGCUGUGCGUGUGGAAGCCUUCAGUGUUCUCAUUAUCUCAGUGUUGUGGUUCAAGAAGGUUUCUCUUACUGUCAGGUACAUUACUUCCAGAUUUUAGGUGUGUUUUGGUUAAUGUCUAUGCGCCAAAUGAUGCAGUAUGUAGGAGGCAAGUGUGGAAAGUUAUUACUAGUCUCAAUCUAGGAUUUCCAGAUCCUUGGUGUGUAGGAGGGGAUUUUAAUGAAAUUAGAGAUUUAGGGGACAGAAGAGGGUGUUUAAGAAGGGAUAAAGGGAUGGUAGAGUUUAACGAAUUUAUUGAAGGGUUAGCCUUGUAUGAUGUCCCAAUGCAUGGCAGGCAAUUUUCUUGGAGUAAUUCAGAAGAUGGGGGUAAGUGGAGUAGAAUUGACAGAGUUCUUCUAGCGCCUGAGUGGUUGAGUAGGUUUAAUUUUAAGCUGUGGGGCCUUCCAAGGGGUGUGUCUGACCAUUGUCCAUUGGUAUUGAUGGAGGAUGAGAGGGACUGGGGGCCAAAGCCAUUUAGGUUCUUAAAUGCUUGGUUGUUACAUCCUAACUAG